CUCAAUGUGACAUUGAAAUUUUUCGGGUGCGUUGUCAAAAUAAUUGUGUUUCUUGAAUUAUUCUAUUCAAUACUUUUAUUUUAUAUUUAUUAAAAACAAUAAAACAAAAUCAAAUUAUCUGACCACAUGCAGAAUGAACAACAACAUCUUCAAAAACAAAUCCGAGAGAUUCUAUUAGAAAAUAGCCGGUUAAAUUCCAAGCUCGAUGUAUUAAAAAGUGCUACACCUACCAUUCCUUUAACAACGGAUGGCGAGUCAAGAGAUGAUGCGACCAGAGAGAAAUUGACGAACGAAGCAUUUCAAAAUGUAAAGAAACAAAUAGAUUAUUUACAAGCGGAAAACAACGACUUGCGAUCACUAAAUAAAAACUUUCAGAAGACUAUAGAAAAUCUUGAAAAAGAAAUUCAAAAUUAUCGUAAUCAACUUUUUAAUUCAACAUCUGUUUGUGAAGUCAAACAUAAAUUUGCAACUGCCAUCAAAUUAUUAGAAAGUACUAUAAUUAAUCAAAAGUCUGAAUUAAAAGAACAGUCCCAAACAAUAGGCAAUUUAUUUGAGCAGAAAAAACUUCUUAGAGAUCGUAUCGAAAAAGUGGAGAAAUUACUCGAAGAAAAAACUAAGGAACUUGAAAAAUUAGCUGGAUCAACGGAAACUAUUGGUAAACUUCAAGAGCAACUUAAUGAAACUGAACGACACAAUAAUGAGUUGCAAAAAUCAUUGAAAAUCUCACGACAAUCUAUAGAAGAGAGAUUAAAACGGGAGCAAAGUGCAUUACAAAAAGUGCAAGAGGCUUUAAACAUAGCCGAAACAGCAGUAGCCGAUAAAGAGAUAGCUUUGAAAAGAGAAAGAGUUGUUAAGGAAGAAUGUGAGAACAUUGCAUCCACCAUAGGACAGGUAAUGGAUGAGGCAGCACGCAAAGUGGAAAAAGAUAUGGAGGCAAUAAAAAAUAAAUAUUUCGAUAAAGAAAAGUUAUUAAAUGAAGAAAAAUCUAAGCUUAAUGGAGAAAUACAGAAUCAAAAGAAAUUUAUUCAAAUAUUGGAUACAAGGUGUAAUCGUUUUCAACAGAAAUAUAGGGAUGCUAUGAGUGAGAAUGCUAAUUUAUCAGAUCAAUUGGAACAAGCCGCUAAAACUUUGUAUGAAAUGGAGGGAAAAAUUAAGCAACUGGAAUAUCAAAACAAUGAAGUAAAUUGCCAAAAACGCUCGGUUGACCAGGAAAACGAAAUUCAACAUUACGUUAAAACUAAUCGUGUUUUAAAGGAGAGAUACAUUACGAUUAUAAAUGAUUUAUCUGAAAAUUUUGAAAAAAAAAUUGUUAAUUUACAAGACGAAUUGACCCGCUUAAAAGCUGAAAACCAAGCAUUCAAAUUACAAAAAACAUAGAGGUGUAAAUUUUAAUCCUUUUAAUAAACUCAUUUAUAAUUGGUUGUUCGUUUGAAUAAUUCUGCUAAAAUCAUUAAAUCAAUAGUGAAUAGGAAGAUAUAAUA